AUGGCGACGGAGAAAAGCAAGAUUCUUGUUAUCGGAGGAACUGGCUACAUCGGAAAGUUCAUGGUCGAAGGGAGCGCUAAAGCCGGCAACUCAACAUUUGCUCUUGUCCGAGAAGCCUCACUCUCCGAUCCGGUCAAGAGCAAAACCAUCCAGAAUUUCAAAGAUCUCGGUGUCACAAUACUACAAGGAGAUUUGGAAGACCACGAGAGCUUAGUGAAGGCAAUGAAACAGGUCGAUGUGGUGAUAUCAACCGUUGGCCGCGUUCGAUUUUUGGAUCAAACCAAGAUCAUUUCCGCCAUUAAAGAAGCUGGAAACGUCAAGAGAUUCUUGCCGUCUGAGUUUGGGACGGACCCGGACAAGACAAAUGCGGUUGAGCCGGCAAAUUCAUUAGCUUUUGCAUUGAAGAGACAGAUCAGGAGAGCCGUUGAAGCUGAAGGCAUACCAUACACUUACGUUGUUAACAAUUGCUUUGCCGGAUUUUACUUGCCUACGUUUGUUCAGUUUCAGCCUCGUCUUACUUCUCCUCCUAGAGACAAAGUCACCAUUUUAGGCGACGGAAAUGCCAAAGUUGUGUUCAACAAGGAGGAAGAUAUUGCUGCUUACACGCUCAAAGCGGUGGAUGAUCCAACGACUCUAAACAAAAUCAUGUACAUUAGUCCUCCUAAGAACACUUUGUCGAUGAAUGAAUUGGUCACCUUGUGGGAGAACAAGAUCGGCAAGUCUCUUGACAAGACUCACAUUUCAGAAGAACAAGUGCUCAAAAACAUUAAAGAGUCUCCGGUUCCGGUCAAUAUUCUCAUGUCGAUAAACCAUUCGGUGUUUGUGAAUGGAGAUCAGACAAAUUUCACCAUGGAUCCUGCUUCUGGUGUUGAAGCCUCUGACCUUUACCCUGAUGUCAAGUACACGAGCGUUGACGAAUAUCUCAGUCAAUUCGCUUGA